AUGGCGGAGCUGGUGGCUGGAGCGUUUCUCUCCUCUUUCCUUCAAGUGGCAUUUGAGAGAUUGGCUUCUCGUGACUUUUUCAACUACUUUCGUGGCAGAAAGCUUGAUUAUGACUUACUGACAAAAUUGCGCAUCAUCCUUCUUUCCGUGGACAAAAUUGUUGAAGAUGUAGAGGAAAGGCAAUACAGAGACCAUCGUGUGAAGCUAUGGCUUGAUGAGCUGAAAGAUGAAGUCUUUAAGGCUCAGGACUUGCUGGACGACAUUGCUAUUGAGGCAUCACGACAGGACCUAGAUGCUGAAUCGCAAAGUACUACUGUUAUCCACAAGGUACGAGGCUUCUUUACUGCUCUUGGUAAUCAAAAUCAGUUUGACAAAACGAUAGAGUCAAGGAUCAAAGUGGUGCUAAACAACCUGGAGUAUCUUAUAAAGCAAAAUGAGAUAUUGGGAUUUAGGGAAGGGCCAUCUACUGGUAUUCAAUUGGGAGUGAAUGGGAAAGAAUACAAAAGAUUGCCUUCCACAAUUUUGAUAGAUCAAUCCAAUAUGUAUGGUAGAGAUGCUGAUAAAGAGAUGAUUGUGAAGAUGUUACUAUCAGAGAACAUGGGUGGGAAUCAGUCGCCUUUGGAUGUGAUUGCCAUCAUUGGUAUGGGUGGGAUGGGCAAGACGACCCUCGCACGACAUGUCUAUGAAGAUGUAAGUGUGAAGGAUCAGUUUCAACAUAGAGUUUGGGUGUGUGUUUCUGAAGACUUUGAUGCUCAUCAAAGUACAAAAGUAAUUCUUGAGUCACUUCAACCUGAAAAGAAGCGAUCAGAUGAUCUUUGCUUAUGCUCGCCUAAGAAAUUCUUGCUUGUUCUUGAUGACGUGUGGAACGAGGACAGUAGAAUUUGGGAGGUCUUCCAAGCUCCGUUGAGACAAGUAGCAGCACCACAGAGUAAGAUUCUUAUCACAACUCGUAAUAGAAAGGUGGCAGAAGUCAUGUGUUGUACCUACUCGUAUCCUUUGAAGCCAUUACAAGAAGAAGAUUCUUGGAAAUUAUUUGCAAAACAUGCAUUUGACAACCAACAUGAUGACGGAGAUCCAAAUCUCAAACCGAUCGGUAGAAAAAUCGUGAACAAGUGUGGAGGAUUGCCUUUAGCAAUAAAAACACUGGGAAGUUUGUUGCACAGAAAACUCUCUUCUCAGUAUUGGGGUAAGAUUUUGGAAAGUGAGAUUUGGCAAUUAUCAGAAAAUGAUAGCAACACUAUCCCAUCUUUAAGAUUAAGCUAUCACUAUUUACCGUCAAAUCUAAAACGUUGUUUUGCAUAUUGCUCCAUCUUUCCUAAAGAUUAUGACAUAGACAAGAAUGUCUUAAUCCAAUUGUGGAUGGCAGAUGGUUUAAUAUAUCCGACCCAAAGAAGUAUGAGUUUUGAAGAAACAGGUGAUGAAAUUUUCAAAGAUCUAGAGUCGAGGUCUUUUUUUGAGCCAUCGAAAAGAGGUGGCGAUUAUUUUGUCAUGCAUGAUCUUUUGAAUGAUUUAGCAAAAUCUAUGGCAGGAGAGUUUUUUGUGUGGCUCGAUGCUGCUCAGACACAAGAUAUGUCAACCAAGACUCGCUACUUUUCAUAUAUAAGACGCAAAAGCGAUAAUGUUGACAUUUUUGAGAGAGUUCUAAAAUGCCACCAAUUACGUAGUUUCAUCCAAUUUGACAGUCUUAGCAUUGGCGAUGAUGUAAUGUCUAGGUUUUGUCGUCUCAAGUACAUACGGCAAUUAUCUUUGAAGGGAUCUCAAAAUUUGAGAAGCUUGACAGAUGGCAUUAGCAAUUUAAAGCACCUGCAUUACUUGGAUCUUUCCGAUACUUCUGUUAUGAAAUUGCCAAAUUCAAUGUGCUCAUUGAUUAAUUUACAAACAUUGAAAUUAAGAGGCUGUCGUCACUUGACUGAGUUGCCAUCAAAUUUCUACAAACUCAUCAACUUGCGUCAUCUUGACUUGGAAGCCUGUGCCAUACAGAAGAUGCCAAGAUGUAUGGGAAAGUUCAAUCAGCUCCAAACAAUGACUAUGUUUGUUGUGGCAAAGAAAGGAGGACCAAAUAUAAAAGAAUUAGGAGCCUUUAACCACUUAAGAGGCUCACUUACCAUCUCAAAUAUGGAGCACAUAAGUGAUCUUACAGAUAUGAGGGAGGCCAAACUGGACGAAAAGAAAUUGGAUAAAUUGACGUUGUCAUAUCGGGGAGACAGCUAUAGUCCUAAAGAGGCACAAUGCCUGGAGCAGGUAUUGGAAGCGGUUAAGCCAAAUCAGAGUGUGAAAGAGCUCACUAUUGAGGGAUACAGAGGUACCAAAUUUCCAAAGUGGCUUCUUGGUGUUGAAACUUUUUUACCCAAGUUAGUGUCUUUACUUUUGCGCGGUAACAAUGAUGAGAGCUUAUUACCACCACUUGGGCAGCUACCUUUCCUCCAGAAACUCGUGAUUGAUGGAUUUGGCGGAAUAAAGGCGAUACGUGAAGACUUCUAUGGGAAUGGCUCCUCAGUUGAUCCACCAUUUCGUUCCCUCUCAUAUUUAAAGUUUUCUAAUAUGAGAAAAUGGACAGAAUGGGUUUUAUUUAAACAAGGUCAAAGUUUCCCAUGCCUUGAAGAACUUCAUAUACAUUAUUGUUGUGAACUGAAAAAUUCUUUGCCUCAACACCUUCCUUGUUUAAAAAAACUAGAAAUUAAGGGAUGUGGGAGUUUGAAGGCCAUGCUUCCCAAGUCCCUUGUCAUAGAAAAACUAUAUUUAGAUGACUGUGCGAAGAUAUCAGUGCAAGACAUGCCCAGAUGGAGCACCUCAGAUUUGCCUCCACCUCUGCAUGACCUAUACUUAUGGCGUUGUCCAGCAAUGAAAUCUCUACCCCAAGGAGGUAUGCUUUCCAGCCUACAACGUCUUUCAAUCGAUGGGUGUUCAAAGCUCAUUGCGCGUGGUAGGGAUUGGGGUUUGCAUGAGUUGUUGUCUUUGAAACAACUUGAAAUUAUUGAUGAACACAUGAAGCGGUUCCCUGAAGAGGAGAGAUUGUUGCCGCCCAAUCUCCAAUCUCUGUCAUUCAAUUAUUGUCGCAAGUUGGAAAGCAUAUACCCUAAGGGUCUUAUGCACCUCCAUGCUCUCACUUCCUUAUCAUUUUUGAAUUGCGAUUGCGUGAGUUUUGAAGGCAUGCCAAAAGAUGCUUUACCUCGAACCCUUUCUCAGUUAACUAUUAGGUUAUGUCCGGUGCUGAAGGGAAGGUGUGAAAAGGAGAAAGGACUAGAUUGGCCUAAAAUUGCUCAUAUCCCUAAUAUAAUCAUUUUUGACGACUAA